AUGAUAUUCUUUCUUUCCUUCUUUUUCUUCAGUCAACCUAUGAUUUUCUUUCUUUUUUUUCUUCAGCCAAGCAAUGAUUUUCUUUCUUUCUUUUUCUUUAGUCAACCAAUGAUUUUCUUUCUUUCUUUUUCUUCACCUAUGAUAUCUUUAUUUCUUUUUCUUCAAUCAACCUAUGAUUUUCUUUCUUUCUUUUUCUUCAGUCAACCUAUGAUUUUCUUUCUUUCUUUCUUUUUCUUCAAUCAACCAAUGAUUUUCUUUCUUAUUCUUCAGUCAACCAAUGAUUUCCUUUCUUUAUUUUUCUUCACUCAACCUAUGAUUUUCUUUCUUUUUUUUCUUCAGUCAAUCUAUGAUUUUCUUUCUUUCUUACUUUUUCUUCACUCAACCAAUUAUUUUCUUUCUUAUUCUUCAUCAACCUAUGAUUUUCUUUCUUUCCUUUACAUCAGUCAACCUUUGAUUUUCUUUUUUCUUUCUUUAUCUUCACCAACCUAUGAUUUUCUUUCACUCUCCUUCUCUAUAUUCACAAUGUGUUCCUUUUCUCUCCCUUCAUCGACAUCCCGCUCCCAAUCUCAGCUUUCCUCACUUUUCUUCUCUCUCCUUUCCGGUAUCUUAUCCCUUUUCUGUUUUGCUUUUUCUUUGUCAUAUUUUUCGCUCCUCACUCUCGAUACACUCGAUAUCUUUAUAAUCAUCUCUUCUCCUCCAUCUCACCUCACUUUCUCUUUUUCCUUUUUACACACACUCUUUUUCCUUCCAAUCUCUUUCCCUAUUUAUUUCUAUGCCUUUCUCUCACUUUCCAUCUUUUCUCUCGCUUUCUUUCUCUAUUUCUUUCUAUCUCUUUCUCUCACUUUCCUUCCCUAUUUCUAUCUAUCUCUUUCUAUCACUUUCCAUCUACAUUUCUUUCUAUCGCUUUCUUUCAUUCCCCUUCUCUAUUUCUUUCUACUUUUUUUUCUCACUUUCCUUCUCUAUUUCUAUCUCUUUCUGUUAUAUUGUUUAUUUCUAUCUUUUUCUCUCACUUUCCUUCUCUAUUUCUUUCUACAUAUUUCUCUCACUUUCCUUCUCUGUUUAUUUCUAUCUCUUUCUCUCACUUUUCUCUAUGUUUUUUUUUUAAUCUUUUUUCUCUCUCACUCUCCUUACAUAUUUCUUUCUACCUCUUUCUCUCACUGGCCGUCUAUAUUUCUUUCCAUCUCUUUCUCUCUCUAUCCUUUUUAUAUAUCUUUCUAUUUCUUUCUCUCACUCCCCUUCUCUCUUUCAUUCUAUCUUUUCUCUCACUUUCCUUCUCUAUUUAUUUCUAUCUUUUUCUCUCUCACUAUCCUUCCGUAUUUCUUUCUAUCUCUUUCUCUCACUGACCGUCUAUAUUUCUUUCCAACUCUUUCUACCCCCAUCUCUUUAUUUUUACCCAACUCGGUACUCAUUGCACUUUUUCGCAUUCCAUAUCCUGCGAGUUCGCCGUUUCCCGCGCGUUUCUUUGUCAAUUUUCUCUUAAUCAAGUGCAGAUUCCGAAACAGGCAUUGCUCCCCAACACCACCCAACCCGAGAAAAAAACAAUACUUUCUCCUUUAUGACCCCUCUUUUUGUUUCUGUUACUUCAUUCUCAACCUGUUUGGCCAAACCUACCAUGUACGCUCUCUCUCUCUCUCUCUCUCUCUCUCUCUUGCUCACUCGCACGCUCAAUUUGUCCGAUAG